CUAUCUGACAGAAAGAGAGAGAGAGAAACAAACACACAAAGAGAGAGAGAUAGGAGGGUUAAAAAAGAGGAAAAAAACUACUUUGGAGAUGUGAAUGAUCGCGGGUUUGCUGCUCAUCCCACCAGCUCGCCUGUCCUAUGCGAUCGACAGCGGGAUGUGAAGAGGAAAAUGAUUGGGGCAUAAACUAUUCCCGGAGACGCCUGUCACAGCUACAGCCGCUGAAGUGGAAAGGGUGGAUGGUUAUUUCGCAAACACUUCAAGCCUAUGUAUACUCCUGCAUUCAUUUGUUGGAAACGCUUCCUAGUAUCUUCGAGAACAGCGCAGGAGGAAUGCUGCUCCGAGAUCUGAUGCCAUUUACUUUAAGUUUUUGGCCUUUUUUCAUCGCUCACUGCCUCCUGUCACAGCUUUUACUCUCAUGCAAGGGAGAGAUCCAGAGGUCAUGCUCGUGGACGGUGGCGGAGAAAGUUGGCGAACAGUGCCAGGUGGCGUGCCACUGUAGGAGAUACCCUCCCCUCCCUCCUCCUCCGCCUCCUCCACCGCCUCCUCGGCUUCUGGGAACCACAGUGGCACAGCCCAUGGUGCCGUUGUUGAGGCCCUGGUGGACGGAAGUGGACGUUAUAGUGCUUGGGACAGUGAGCUGUGCCUCAGUCGUCUUCCUCCUUUCUGCCAUCAUCAUCUGCUACAAGGCUAUCAAAAGGAAACCACUGCGAAAGGAGGAGAACGGGACGAGUCGCGGGGAGUACGCCAUGAGCAUCCGCAACAAGAAGGCCAUGGGUACAAACAACACUGUGGUAUAGACUUUUCUCCUGGUCCAGGAAGUAAACACCAUCAUGUCUACAUCAUGUCUCCUGAAAACAACAGGCCCUUUCCAACCUUUAGCACAACAUGAGUUCACCAGAAGCUUUCAGACAGGUAAACCUCUCCUCUUUGUUUGGCAUUUAGCCCGGACUGACGAUGCCCUUUCACUCAAGAGGAGCUGAAAAAAGAUGGAAAGCAGAGCAAAAUCGGAGCAGAAAAGACAGAGAGACAGGAUCCACAACUCCCUGUGGUGUCAAAAGUGGCACAGCAGACCGGGCAUUAUGCUUUUAGUAACAGCAAGUGUUGCUGACAGGCUGGUUGGCUGCAGGCUGGAGAGGAGCUGUCUGCCAGUCUGCGGCAGAUCCAGACCUCACGCACUGUUGACGUCUGCAGAGAGACAACAGGCAACCAGACGGGGAAACCAACAACAUGCAUGAUGUUUUUACAGAGAAUGAAAGAUUUUUUUAUAACCCUCCUCUCUGUCACAGUGUCCACCUUUUGUUCUCCGUUUUACCACACGCUUUGCGAAAGGCAGGAUCUGCCUCUGAGAUGUGGAUUCAUCUGACUAUGCAAUAUAAAGAAAUUAAUAUUAACAGAGAAAAAGAGCAGCAUCAACACGGGACGUCCUGGUUGUUUUACCACGCCAAAAAAAGAGACUUCUGUUCCCUGUAAUAUAUUUUAAGUCAUUCAUUUAUUUAUUUUAUUUAACUAUCUUCAAAUUUAUUUUUAUACUUAAAGAAAACUGUCCUGUAAUUUACACACAUGCUUACAAAUCUUGGACAUUUUGAGGAAUUUGUCCUUUUUCUUGAUUGCUCUGUUUUUUUAAGCAAAUAAUUUGUAAACUAUGUUAAUCACUAGUGAUCUUCCUGUCAGUCUGCUGAGACUCUGGUUUUUCAAUCUGGGUGUUGAGAUACAGACAAGGAAAGAAGAAGUUAGGUCCCUGAUUACAUUGGAUUUAUAAGGGAAAUUAGCAGCCAGGUGCUGCUGAUCAUGCAAAACAGAAAAUCUUACCAAGUAAUUUUGGUCUAGUUUCUAGCAAAUAUCUUAGUGCACCCGAAAUAAGACAAAAAUAACUUGCAAAUAACUUUUCAGUAUAAAAUACAGGCUUAUUUUAAGUUAAUAUUUAUUUAAUAUUGAUGAAAAAGAGAUAGUUCUGGCAGAUUAUGUAACUGAUAACACUGGAAAAACGUAUUGUUAUAAGUUGCAAACACAACUGCAUAUCUACAAAAGAAUGCCUGAAAAAUAAGACGAAUCGAGGUUUCACAAUGGCCUAGUCAAAUUCCAGGCUUCAGCCUGUUUGAAAAGUUGGUUGGGAAUUUCAGAGAGGGUUGCAGUGAUAAGACAGAAUGGAGCUCCAACUUAAAAAAAAAAAAAAAGAGUUAAUUUGUUCUAUGUAAUAAAAUUAAGUUUGUAAAACGUGUUUAUUUAAAGCUUUUUUAACACUACAACUUAAUAAACUUAAUAUAUUUACUUGUAUAUAAGAAAAUAUACUGUAUAUAACCUGAAUUUGUUUACUUGUGACAAAUUAACAUUUUUUAAAGUGAGAUCACCUAUUUUUUUUUUCAGUUUGGGCAAUAAAAAUGUAAAAUACACUAAACAUCUGCUUUGUUGCUGCUAAUGGUGGCUGUAAAAGCUACGGAAUCAAGAGGUGUACUUACUUUAUUUUUCCCAUGUCUGUAUUUCAGCUCACCAGAUUUAAAAACUAAAGUCAGCCUCUAUGAUGUGCUAUGUGAAUGUGUGUUUCCAGACGUUUUUUUCUGUACUCCUUCACGCAAUAGUCUCAAAUCUUAACGGUUUGUUUCCAGUCACGUGAUCAGCCUGUACGGAGAGAAAUUAGUUCCAAUAUUAUUGUGAGCAAAGACAUAAGUAAAAAAAAAAUUUAUUGGAAAAAAAUUUAUUUCAAAAAUUAAACUUUGAAAAAAAAAUCUCAAUCAAAAAAUGUUAAAGAAUAAAGUUAGUCAAAUUUAGUCUGAAUUUUUCUGGAGGGAAAAACAUAAAAUAUAUAGAAAUAAAUAAAUAAAAUAUGAAAAGUAUCAAACUGCAAAAAGUUAGCACAACUUUUGGAUAAAUAUUGUAAAUUACUAAGUAAAUUGAAGUUUUUUUAAUAAAAAUUUUUGAAACAAGUAUUUGGGCCAAAAUACUUGUCCCAAAUAUUUAUAUUUUAUUAUAGAUAAUAAUAAUAAUAAUAACAAUAAUAAUAAUAAAUUUACCAUAAUCAAGUUGCACAAGAAAAAAGUCGUAUGCUAAUAUCAUUUUUGUUCUCACAUUAUUUAGAUUUUAUUCUUGUUCAACUUUAUUAUCAUAAUAUUAUGACUUUAUUGUCAUAAUACUAUGACUUUAUUCUUGUAAAAUUACAACUUUAUAUUCAUAAAAUUGUUACUUUAUUCUCUAAGUAUUAUAACUUUAUACUUUUUACGACUUUUGUCUUGUAUUAUUUACUUUUGUAAAAUUACAACUUUUUUCCCUUAUGAGUUCAUUCUCAUUAUUAUUUCUUUUUUUAGCAUUGCCCUAAUACUCAGUCAUAGAAUUUUUUUUUCAAAUUAAAAUUUUUUAAUUUUUGUUUUUUAUUUGCAACAAUACUGGAACAAAUUCCUCUCCAUAAGCCCGACACCUUCAGCCAAGUUUUGUCCAAAUCUGACACUCUUCAUUUUUUCCAUCUUACACUGAGCUUUGCCUGUAGUUGCAGAAACAGGGGAUGUGAGUGCUGGGCUGACUUUGUGGCUGAAGACUUAUCCAAUAGCAACAGGAUCAGGUUGCACUGAGGAUUUCCACAGCAGGGAGGAUUGUGACUCAGUGCUGUCACAGCCAUCCUCCACAUCUUCAGUGGAAAAACACAACGGCUCUGCUUUUUCUUUUUCAACGUUAAAGCAGCGUGUGUCCAUGCAUGUGAGUGUGAAUGCGUUUGGAUGUGAGUAUCUGUCUGUAUGCGAGUGUGCAUGCAGAUGAGGACUUUGAGAUAAGAGUCUGUGAAUGUCAGAGAUGCAUAGAUAUUGGCUAAACUGUUGAAUUUUGGAAGAAAAGAAGAAAAAAAUUUUAAACACAUGCUUGCAUGUAACCAUGCACAAGUAUUAGCUAACAGUAUACCCCACCAUGUACUUAUAUGAGAAAAAUGAUGGAUGCAUGAAUGUAAAUAUUGAUAUUUAAAUAUCUGCCUUCUGGACUGUUGAUUCAUGUACAGCGUAACGGCUCAGACGUUUAUACAUAGUAAUUCUCAAUGUGCUACCAUUUAGAUCCAUGUAAAUGUUGUCAUGUUGAUGGAGCAAGCCAUUAAUGUAUAUAUGGCAAUCAAUAGUACACACAAAAUUUGUGCAUUAUGACAGAUAAAAAAAAAUAUGUGCAAAACUUGAUCUCACUGCUGAGUUUUUCAGCAGUGAGACUGCUGAGUUGUAAAUAAAACUGUAAAUAACAA